AGGUGGCCGGGGGGGUGGAGCGGAAAGGCGCUGUGCUUAACUAGCGCCCCCCAUCCACCAUGUUUUCUGACCAAUUCUAGUUUGGUUUCUCCUCAAGACCAAAUGGAAACGGCCGGAGAGCUCCAAGGAACCUAGGGGCCCUGGCCUCGGCUGAGCCUGGGCUAACGCGCAAGCGCGGUGGGAAUAGCCUAGCAGGUCUUCGUGGAGAGAGGGGAUGGCGUCUAGCAGUAACUGGCUGUCCGGAGUGAAUGUUGUGCUUGUGAUGGCAUACGGGAGCCUGGUAUUUGUGCUGCUGUUUAUUUUUGUGAAGAGACAAAUCAUGCGUUUUGCAAUGAAAUCUAGAAGAGGACCUCAUGUCCCUGUGGGACACAAUGCUCCCAAGGACUUAAAAGAGGAGAUCGAUAUUCGACUCUCCAGGGUUCAGGAUAUCAAGUAUGAACCCCAGCUUCUUGCAGAUGAUGAUACAAGACUACUGCAGCUGGAAACCCAGGGGACUCAAACAGGUUGCUACAACUAUUUGUACAGGAUGAAAGCUCUAGAUGCCAUCCGUGCCUCGGAGAUCCCAUUUCAUGCUGAAGGCCGGCAUCCCUGUUCUCUAAUGGGUAAGAAUUUCCGCUCCUACUUGCUAGAUCUGCGAAGCACUAGCACUCCAUUCAAGGGUGUACGUAAGGCCCUUAUUGAUACCCUCCUGGAUGGAUAUGAGACAGCCCGCUAUGGGACAGGGGUUUUCGGCCAGAGUGAAUAUUUGCGGUAUCAGGAGGCCUUAAGUGAGCUGGCCACUGUGGUCAAAGCACGAAUUGGGAGCUCUCAGAGACAACACCAAUCAGCAGCCAAAGACCUAACUCAGUCACCUGAAAUGUCGCCAACAACCAUCCAGGUCACAUACCUCCCCUCCAGUCAGAAGAGCAAACGUCCUAAGCACUUCCUGGAACUGAAGAGUUUUAAGGACAACUAUAACACCCUGGAGAGUACUCUGUGAUGGAGCUGCAGAUGCCACCUGUGCGGCUUCAGGAUCUGGUCAGCAGGCCCAGACUUCCCAGAGUUCUUACAGAGCUGGGUCUGAAGGACAUUCCCCAGCCCUUUCUUUUUUUUUUUUUUUGUUUUGUUUUGUUUUUU